AUGAGUGGAGCUGCUGUGUCGGUGUGCCUACUGUUUCUCCUGUCUGUGUGCUCAGCGUGUUAUAUCUCUAACUGUCCCAUCGGUGGGAAGAGGUCCAUCAUGGAUGCACCACUGCGCAAGUGCAUGUCGUGUGGCCCCGGAGACAGGGGCCGCUGCUUUGGCCCCAGUAUCUGCUGCGGGGAGGGCCUCGGCUGCCUGCUGGGCUCCCCGGAGACAGCUCACUGCGUGGAGGAGAACUACCUGCUCACCCCCUGCCAGGCGGGAGGGAGACCCUGUGGAUCUGAGGGUGGACGCUGCGCUGCUUCAGGACUCUGCUGCGAUGCAGAGGGCUGCACCACAGACCAGUCCUGCCUCCUCGAGGAGGAUGGAGACGACCAAACCAGCCAAUUUGAAGGCGGCGACCCCGGUGACAUCAUCCUCAGGCUCCUGCAUCUGGCCGGUCACACUUCCUCUCAUCGAGUUCACCAAUAG